AUGAAUAAAAGGAACCAGACAAUCACUGAAUUUCUACUCUUAGGAUUCCCCAAUGUUACUGGCUUUAGGACCAUUAUUUUAUUUAUUGUAAUACUAGUUAUCUACAUUGUGACUCUUAUUAUAAACGCUAUGGUCAUAGUGUUGGUAUCCAUCAAGCCACAGCUCCAUUCUCCCAUGUAUUUCUUACUCCAGCAGUUAUCAUUUGUUGAAUUCACAUUCUUGACUGUUGUUGUUCCUAAUAUGCUGCGUGUUAUAUGGUUAGAAGGAGCCACCAUCUCAGUUAUUGGUUGUAUAGCCCAGGCUUAUGUGUAUUGUGCUUUAGGGUGUACAGAAUGUCACCUCCUCACAGUCAUGUCUUACGACCGGUACUUGGCUAUUUGUCAACCUCUUCACUACAGCACCAUCAUGGAUACGAGACUUCAGAAUUUCUUGGUCAUCUAUUGUUGGGUUUUCGGCUUCCUCCUCACUCAGAUCACUCUUAAUUUUUUGUGUCAACUUUAUUUCUGUGGCUCCAAUAUAAUAAACCAUUUUUUCUGUGAUCUUGCUCCAUUUCUUCAACUUACAUGUUCUCACAAGACUGACUUUCAGUUAAUGAUACUGAUCGUCGCUAUUCCUUUAAUGGUCAUACCUUUUAUUUUAGUUCUUAUCAGUUACAUUUUUGUCUUUAUAACAAUUCUUGGCAUCUCCUCUGCAAAAGGAAGGAAGAAAACCUUCUCCACCUGCAGCUCUCACCUCACUGUGGUCACCAUGUACUAUGGAACGUUAAUCACUAUCUACAUGGUUCCAGCCAAUGGAGACACCUUGACUGUCAACAAGUUGAUUGCAUUUCUGUACAUUGUAGUAACUCCUCUGUUCAACCCUAUCAUAUACUGCUUGAGGAAUCAAGAAAUGAGAGCCGUCAUGGAGAAGUUAUUUAAAGUGAAAGAUAAACAGUAG